CGCAAGGCAUCUCCGGGAACGCAACGCAACAAACGGGGGGAGCACCCAACCCCACGUCCUCCCCGCCCGCUUCUUCACACCACCUCAUCCUCCACCUCAGGCUUCUUCCACUCCCACCCGCUCCCUUUUCCUUUCCUUUGUUCCCGCACUUUCCAUGUCACUGCACCACUGCCGCGCUGCCACCAUGCCCGCCGCCGCCAGCGCCAUCGGACUCUCGACCGCGGGCGCUGUCCCGUUCCGCCUCCCCGCCUCCGGCUGCGCCCACCAGGGCCACCUCCGCCUCCUUCCUCCUCCUCCUCCUGCUGCCGCCGCCUGCCGCCGCCGCUUGCUUCUCCGCUGCGCCGCCUCGUCUGGCGGUGGCGGUGGAGGUGGUGCCGGAGGCAGCGGCGGCUCCGACCCGGCCCUCGAAGAGCAGCGGCGCCGCCAGGCCGAGCUCGCCGCGCGCAUUGCGUCCGGCGAGUUCACCGUGCAAGGCCCCGGGUGGAUUGCGCCUCUCGUUGGGAAGCUCUCCAAGUUGGGCCCGCCGGGGGAGCUCGCCGCCGCGCUGCUCACCAGGGUGGCGGGCGCUGGCGCGGCGCGUGGCGGCCCAGAGAUCCCACAGGCACUCGGGUCGAUCAACGCCGUCGUGGGUCAGGCCUUCUUCGUGCCCCUGUACGACCUCUUCCUCACCUACGGCGGCAUCUUUCGCCUCAACUUUGGCCCUAAGUCGUUUCUUAUUGUCUCCGAUCCUGCUAUCGCUAAGCACAUCCUGAGGGACAACUCCAAAGCUUAUUCCAAGGGAAUACUUGCAGAGAUAUUGGAGUUUGUGAUGGGUAAGGGUUUGAUCCCUGCUGACGGGGAGAUUUGGCGUGUUCGGAGGCGUGCUAUUGUUCCCGCGUUGCAUCAGAAGUAUGUGACUGCGAUGAUUGGUCUCUUUGGAGAAGCUUCACAUCGUCUCUGCGAGAAAUUGGACAAGGCAGCAGCGGAUGGGGAGGACGUGGAGAUGGAGUCGUUGUUCUCUCGACUCACAUUGGAUGUCAUAGGGAAGGCAGUCUUCAAUUAUGAUUUUGACUCAUUAUCUUACGAUAACGGAAUAGUCGAGGCAGUGUAUGUAACACUAAGGGAAGCAGAGAUGCGUAGCACUUCUCCUAUACCAACCUGGGAAAUACCAAUAUGGAAGGACAUUUCCCCACGGCAGAAGAAGGUCAACGAAGCUCUCAAGUUGAUAAAUAGUACUCUAGAUGAACUAAUUGCCAUAUGCAAGAGAAUGGUAGAGCAAGAAGAUCUUCAGUUUCAUGAGGAAUACAUGAACGAGCAAGAUCCUAGUAUUCUUCACUUCCUUUUGGCAUCUGGAGAUGAUGUAUCCAGCAAGCAACUCCGUGAUGAUUUGAUGACCAUGCUCAUAGCUGGUCAUGAGACUUCUGCGGCAGUCUUGACAUGGACGUUUUAUCUUCUAUCUAAGUAUCCGAAAGUAAUGGCCAAGCUCCAAGAUGAGGUUGAUAGUGUUCUAGGUGAUGGUUUGCCAACAAUUGAGGAUGUGAAAAAACUGAAGUACACGACUCGGGUUAUUAAUGAAUCAUUGAGACUAUAUCCACAGCCGCCGGUUUUAAUUCGUAGGUCACUUGAGGAUGAUAUGCUCGGAGGGUACCCAAUUGGCCGAGGAGAAGAUAUUUUUAUUUCUGUCUGGAAUCUUCACCACUGCCCAAAGCACUGGGAUGAUGCAGAAGUUUUCAACCCAGAAAGAUGGCCUUUGGAUGGACCAAAUCCGAACGAGAUAAACCAAAAUUUCAGUUACUUACCAUUUGGUGGCGGACCAAGGAAAUGUGUAGGUGACAUGUUUGCCACUUUUGAGAAUGUGGUGGCAACAGCAAUGCUUGUCAAACGAUUUGACUUUCAGUUGGCUCCAGGAGCACCUCCGGUUGACAUGACAACUGGAGCAACGAUUCACACGACUGAGGGAUUAAAAAUGACUGUUACUCGAAGGACAAGGGCACCAGUAAUUCCAAACCUGGAGAUGAAAAUUAUUUCUGAUUCACAAGAACCCGCACUUUCUACCCCAUCCAUGGUUGUUAGUGCUGCUUCUGUUGCUUCAGGAGAAGAUCAAGGGGGCGUCUCCUGAUUUAAGCAGUUUCAAGCUUCAACAACAUACAGAAUGAGUAUAUCCAUUUAUAUUGCUGUGGAAGUAUUUGGCUAGUUUACAGCAUUUGGUUGCGCGAGCAGUACAAAACAGAGAUGGAGUCUCCUGGCGUGCUACUUUUAUUUACAAGGAAAAACUCUCAACCCUUCCGGACUUAUUGUUACUGAUGGCACAGCACACUCCUAUAGACUAUAGAUCUCCAUGCUGCUACUCAAAAACACCAUGGACACAUCUACAUAUUUACAAGAAGCUCUGACUUCCAAGCAUGGAUUGCUGCGCUCCUAAACCUUCAGCAUGCCUUCCAACACACGAAGAACAUCAGCACGGGUAACUAUACCUGUCGAUAGUGUUUAGAACCCCAUUAGGCUUGUAACAUACUCUGUGUUGUCAAUGUUAAGGAUAAUACAAAUCAAGCGUAUACAUGCAGGGUUUUUUUCUCU